AUGGUCAUCAUUGAUAAGCACGAAUAUCUGACGCAGGAGGAGAAGCGAUUGAAGGAGGACCGUGAGCGCACCCGGUACUGGAAGCGAUGGGGUCCCUACGUGGCCGAGCGACAGUGGGCUACAGAUUUCUCGCACGACCACGCUCGUUCACGGACGUAUCGCUGGGGCGAGGAUGGCAUUGCUGGAGUCUCCGAUACGCAUGGUCUGCAGAAUAUUGCGUUUGCGUUUUGGAAUGAGAAAGACGACUUCUUGAAGGAACGUCUCUUCGGUCUGUCUAACCCUCAAGGUAACCAUGGAGAGAGCAUCAAGGAGGCCCAUUUCCAUCUCGACAAUACUCCUACACAUUCGUAUAUGAAAUAUCUCUAUAAAUACCCCCAGAAGAAGUUCCCAUACCAGGACCUGGUCGAUGAGAAUGCCCGCCGUGGCAAGCAGGACCGGGAGUACCAGAUUUUGGACACGGGUGCCUUCGAAGACAAUCGCUACUGGGACAUCUUCAUCGAGACCGCCAAAGAGGGCGAUGACGAGGACGAGCUCAUGUUCCGAGUCAUCGCCUACAAUAGAGGGCCCGAGCCUGCUCCGCUGCAUAUCAUCCCGCACGUCUGGUUCCGCAAUACGUGGUCCUGGGGUUAUGAGAACCAAAAGGAAAAGCCCUCCAUCCAGCAGGUAGGCCCGUUGACGGUGCAGUCGUCGCACGCAAAGAUCGGGGAGAGAUUUGUGCGAUUCGCACCCUCUCCGGCCGUGGUGGAGGACGCAGAGGAGGAUAUCAUGCCUCGAUUGAUCUUUACCGAAAAUGAGACCAACAAUCAAGUUCUCUGGGGCAGUAAGAACGAGGAUCCGUAUGUUAAGGACGCCUUCCACCGAUACAUCGUCGACGAGGAAAAGGACGCGAUUAACCCGGCCAAUCGCGGUACGAAGUUUGCUGCCUGGUACGCCUUCGACGAUGGCGAUGGUGUUCCCCCUGGACAAUGUGCGAUCGUCCGUUUCAGGCUGUCACGAAAGCCCCAUGAAUACAUGGACGAGGAGGUCUUUGACAACGUGAUCGAGCAGCGCCGCGCGGAAGCAGACGAGUUCUACUACCGGGUGAAUCCGCUGCCGAUGAGCGACGACCUGCGGAGCGUCCAGCGACAGGCCUUUGCCGGAAUGCUCUGGACGAAGCAGUAUUACCAUUUCGUCUGGGAUCAGUGGGCCAACGGCGACCCGGGCAUGAUUCCACCACCGCCUGGCCGUAAGUCCGUCCGCAACGAGCAAUGGCGCCAUCUUUAUCUUGACGACAUCCUAUCCAUGCCUGAUUCGUGGGAAUAUCCGUUCUUUGCCGCGUGGGAUACAGCGUUCCACUGUAUUCCGCUGGCCAUGAUCGACCCGGAAUUCGCAAAGAAACAACUCGACCUCCUUACUCGCGAGUGGUAUAUGCACCCUAAUGGCCAGCUGCCCGCCUACGAGUGGAACUUUGGCGACGUGAAUCCGCCUGUGCAUGCAUGGGCUGUCUUUCGUACCUUCAAAAUCGAACGGAAGAUGUACGGCCGCCAGGACCUGGACUUCCUCGAGCGCGUCUUUCAAAAGCUGCUCCUCAACUUCACCUGGUGGGUCAACCGCAAGGAUUUUGAUGGCAAGAAUGUGUUCGAGGGCGGCUUCCUAGGCCUGGACAACAUCGGUAUCUUCAACCGUUCGGAGCCUCUACCUACUGGUGGUGUUCUGGAACAGGCAGACAGUACAGGCUGGAUGGCAUUCUACUGCCUGUGUAUGCUCAACAUUGCUCUAGAGUUGGCCAAACAUCGACGCACAUAUGAAGACAUCGCGUCCAAAUUUUUCGAGCAUUUCAUCCUGAUCAGUGAUGCCAUGACCUUCCGGUCUGGAGGCAUGGAAGCGUCUCUGUGGAAUGAAGAAGACUCCUUCUACUAUGAUGCCAUUUCCUACGGCGGCCCGUGGACUCAACAGCUUCCCGUGCGGUCCCUGGUCGGACUGAUCCCGCUAUAUGCGGUGCUAACUCUCGAGCCCGAGUUGAUAAACCGAUUCCCUUCCUUCAAGCGCCGACUAGACUGGUUCGUUGAAAACAAGCAGGAUGUUGCCGAGCGGAACAUCGCUAGCAUGAAACGGCGCGGGAAGGAUGACAGGCUCCUCUUAGCCCUCGUAAGCAAGGACCGCCUGGUGAAGAUUCUCAAGCGGAUGCUUGAUGAAACCGAGUUCUUGUCCAAGCACGGAAUCCGUUCGAUGUCCAAGUACCACGAGCAGCACCCGUACUCGAUGGAAGUCAACGGACAGGAGUUCAAGGUGGGUUACGUGCCCGGCGACUCAGACAGCGGGCUUUUCGGCGGCAACAGCAACUGGCGCGGACCCAUCUGGCUGUGCGUCAACUUCCUGCUGGUCGAGUCGCUCCUACGCUUCUACAUGUUCUAUGGCGACUCGCUGCAGGUCGAGUGUCCGACAGGCUCCGGUGAAUACAUGCACUUGGGUCAUGUUGCGGAAGAGUUACAGCACCGCCUCCAGCACUUGUUUGCCCGCAAUGACGAGGGCCGCCGCGCCGUCAAUGACGGCUCCGAUAUCCUCGACUUCGACGAACACUGGAAGGACUACAUGUGGUUCCACGAGUUCUUUGACGGUGACACCGGCCGCGGGCUGGGGGCUUCCCAUCAAUGCGGCUGGACAGGUCUAAUUGCCAAAGUAAUCCACGACACGGGUCUCAACUGCCGCCUUCCCCAAACGCCACGGACCCCUUUCGCCACCGCAUCGCACUACUUUGACGACAUCUUCUCGCGGUCCGGUCGCCCCCAGUCAUCCGGCAAAGCCAUGAUACGGCGGUCGUCAACAAGCCGCUCCAUCGGAGCCCGCAGUGACUACGCCGCUUCAAUCGUAGAUGAGGACGAAGGCAAAUCCGACUACCACGACGAUGACGGCGACGACUCCGAGGAGGGGCAUAUUGCCAAUUAUGUCGCUACUGAGUUGCAACGGGUCCGGAGCCAUACCUCUCUAGCCUUUGAGGAUGAGCUUGGUACGCUGGCGGAUCAGCCUAAUGGUCACUAA